CACACAUCCAGAAGCUCUCUGUAAAAUUUCUAUGAGAUUUCCGAAAUCUUAGUUCAGAGUCGAGCAGUCGAUGAAAGUUUCCCAUUAUGCAUUUCUUGCCGAAGUCAACAUUUGAAAGGGGCCUAAGCAUGGAUGCGUUACAGCAGAGGUCCGUUCCAUUCAGCGCAAUCACGAACAGCAGCAGUUGUGGUACUCCAAGUGAAAGCGGUGACAGUCAUCAAAUUAAGUUCUCCCACAAAGAAGGCUGCACUCCAACAGCAUGUGCAUGUGUCAUCCUCGCUAUACUUUUUGUAUCUCUUGGAGCUGCCGCUGGAGUCUAUUUUGGUCUCCAGUUCUUGGAUUUAGGAAAACGUAAUGAGAGAGUCUACAAAGGCAGUUUUGUAAUUGUUGGGGGGGACAAGUACACAUCUAGCCUGGCGGACACCCUUUCUGAGGAUUUCCAGGAGAAAGCCGAGGCUUACAAAGAAAGGCUGGACAAGUUAUACAAAAGCAGCAUAUAUAAAAAUAUUUUCUACCAAACGGAAAUUUUAGCUUUGAAUAAAAGAGAUGAGGAUAAAAAUUUGAUCGUCCAUUUCAAUUUGCAUCUUUCACCAGAGCAAGCAGGUCUGAGCGCUGCAGAUUUGUAUGUCAUCCUCUCAGAAGAAGUCAUGCGUUCUCGAACUGGAGUUUUUCGUAACUUGGAAAUAGAUCAGGAUUCUAUUCAGAUACAAGAGCGGAAGCCAGCCGUAGAUGAUAUCUUAGACAAAUGGGUUCCCAGACGCCAAUAUCCAGGUUAUGUGGAAGGACUUACAACUACUCCCAGCUCUGCCAUGGCUCAAAUAGUGCCCCGUCAAUGCAUGCCAAUAGAAGUGCCAUUUUGCACACAUCUACCGUACAAUGCAACUUCGUAUCCAAAUGUUGUUGGUCACAGCAAUACCUCAGAAGUUAUGAACAAUCUGGUCACAUUCAGACAAAUUCUGGAUUUCGAAUGCUACCCACUUGCAAGAGAAUUUGUUUGUCAACUUUUGCAGCCCGAGUGCCAAAAUGACGACAUUAUAAUGCCAUGCAAAAAUUUUUGUGAAGGGUGUUCCAACGAGUUAAAAGCACGUGGAAUGUCUGACAGGCUUUGUGACGGCGUUGUGGACUGCAAAGAUUCUUCAGAUGAGAACGAUUGUGAUUACUGUAGACCGGGACAAUUUAUGUGCGGAGACAAACAAUGUGUAGAUAGGGAUAGAAGAUGUGAUCUUCGUGAAGACUGCCUCAAUGGAGUAGAUGAAAGAAAUUGCAUGUCCGUAAGCCCAAGUAACUGGGGCACGAAAGAAAGCUAUUAUACUUAUAGCAAUUCAGGGUUUCUCCUAUAUUCUGACUCUGGCCAGAUCGCAAAGAUUUGCUCCGAAAAUCUCAACUACAGUCUUCCCGCAACUCGAAGAGAUGUGGUUCUCCAAAGUUUGGCUGUAUCAACCUGCUCGGCUCUUAACUAUGAGGUUACGGAAAAUGUGGAAAUGAGGAAAGACACAAAUGAAGUCAGCACGGAUUACGUUCAACUUUUAGAUCCUUUGGCGUCAAGCAUCACAUUCGUUCAAGUACCAUGUGAUAGUCAGAACAUCAUUUACGUCAAGUGUGGAUCAAGUGCUUGUGGACUGAGACCAGCUCAUUCGGCUAGAGUGGCGAGGAAUUUUGCUUUGAACCUUCCCGAAGGGCGUUUUGGUGCUGUUCAUGGACAAUGGCCUUGGCAUGUUGCUAUUUUAAAGAAUGGAGAUUAUGUAUGCGACGCUACGCUUAUAUCUGAUGAGUGGCUAUUAACAUCAUCUUCAUGUUUUGAAGGAGAUCCUCAUUCAGUAUGGACAGCUAGAAUGGGUAUUGUUCGUUUAGCUUCAAGUUCGCCUUUUGACCAAGAAUCAAGAAUUACUGGAAUAGUUAAAUCGCCAGUUGGUUCUGGUAUGCUUUCAAUUUUAAAACUGGAAAAGCCCAUAAAUGGAUCGGACUACGUAAGGCCAUCUUGUUUACCGAGUCACAAUUACUCUCUAGAAGGAAUCCCUUGCAAUACCUUACGAUGGAACAUAAGAAAAAACCAUCUUUUCGAGGUUAAAUUGACGGUUACAGGUCACAAUUGCACCGAAGACCCAUCGGAUAACACUACAAGUUUCAACCAGAGGCCAAUUUGUGCAGUUGAAAACGAAGUUAUGGAGAAUGACGAGUGUCAGGGAGACGAAUCCGAAGGAAGUCCUUUAUUGUGCAACAUAAAUGACAAGUGGUAUGUCGUUGGAAUUAGCAGCCGUGUAACCACAUGUCCAAGCUCAACUAAACAGAGAAAGUACCAUCACACAUUUGAGCACGUCCAAUGGAUACGCCACACCCUUGAAUCUCUAAAAGGCCAUUAAACUCUGCAGCAUGCUGUUGUAAAGACUCAAAAAUGUUUCAUUUAAUCGCAUACACUACAGGAUCAUUUAUUGUAGUGUUAAAAAGAAAUGAACUGGAGAAAGCCCUUGUCCAAUAAUCUGGAUUAAAGUUCAUUAUUCGUGAUGAAAUUAUAGUGUUUUCGAUAGGAUUCUGCAGACCAGGAAAGAAGCAUCAUAAUGUUCGAGGUGCAUUUUUAGGACAGAAAUUUCACGUUUGUUGUAAUAAGUUACACUAAAUGUAUGUCCUGUUUGGUAACAAUUUGUUCCGCAUAAUAAUCAUCUGAUUGUCUAUAGCAUUGAAGUGUGUAAGGUCAAAGAAUCAACUUUUUUAUUCACUUUCAGUUGAAGUACCUGUUCAGUUAUUUUUGAAAACUGUUAAUUCAAAGACAUAUUUGAUAAUUUGAGCUCAUGUUUUAAGUAUGUACUUAAGCAAUUAUACUUAUGCUCAUGUUUAUAUACAUAAGCUUAUACUUAAGUUACAUUUUAUGCAACUGAUAAGGUAUAUAUAAUUUAUUUCUUAUUAUGCAGCAAAGUUUUGAAAAUUGGCUGUCAAAUAUCUGGAAGCCCAUUUACUGAAAUACAUUUACUUAAACACAUACAUUUUACAUAAACACAUUCCUGUUCUAAAACAGCAAUUCCUGUUUCAUAAAAAUAAGAAACGUUGUAGCGACUCAUUUACCAUCUUAACCAUCUUAUCACGUCAUUACCCUUAUUUUUAAAUUAAAUCUUUUUAUUAACAUUUCAAAGACAUCUGUGUGGAAAUACCUAAAGCCAAAAAAGUGUUUCUAUGAAUAGCUUAAUGUAAAUAAAGCAUUAGAAUGUUUGUUAUUGUGCACAGUCCAAAAUAAAAGCUUUCUAUCUGUAUUGGAAAAAUAA